AUGUCGUCGUCGUUUCUGAUCUAUGACCUCGAUGAAGACAUCCGCAAGCUCCUCAAUUUGGACAACUUCCUCAACGGGAUGUCGGUGACUCUGUUCAUCGAGGAGUUGUCCAAAGAUCACUUCAACAAGGGCCAGGAAGUCAACAAGUUGGAGUACCUCGAUCCCAAGCCAUACAUCCGGACGUUUGAGCUGACACUUCGAGAGCUUAAACAAUUGGAAGGCAGAGCAGAAAAACAGCGCUCUCAUUCGGAACGGGACACCGAGCAAUUCGAACUUAAGCACUCGGAAAACGUCGUUCGUCUCUCAAACAAGAUCGACGCGGCCAAUGCCGACUUCGACGCCGUCGACGCCGAAAUCUCUCAGGUUGUCGAACGAUUAAACCCGUUGGGAAGCAAACUUACCAAGAUCAGUGCGCUGAGAGACCGUUCACAGGAGACUAUCUUCUUGAUCCGAGCCUUCCACGGGUUCUACACCAAAGGCGGCUACGAACCAUUGGACCUGUUACGGUCACUGAAACGACGCGAAGACCAAAUCAAAUGUGCUCGUACGUUGAGACAGCUACGAUCACUUGGCCAAAAGCUUGGGGGAGAGGAUGCCACUAAGCACACCAAAACUUGUGUUGAGAGAAUUGAAGAGUUCUGCGAGUCGCUGGAACAACGGUGGCUUCAGCAUUUCCAAACAGCUUGGGAGUAUGAUGACCUUCCCAAGAUGAAAGAAACUGCGGAUGUGCUCACUGACUUCAAUGGCGGGGGGCUGGUGGUGCAACGUUUCAUUGAGAACACCAACCUGAGUCUUCUCAGUCCGCCAGAGGAUCCCGAACCUAGUUUAUUGGACGCCGAAGAUGUUUGGGUAAAGCUUCAAGACCCUAAUUUUGUCGACAAGAUCGAGGAUCCUGGUACUAAGCAAGUUUUAGACCGCCUCAAGUUUGCGAUCAAAGGUCAGCUGCGUAUCAUCCUUCAAGUGUUCAAGGAGCCAACUCAAGUUUUACGAACAUUCUUGCAACGUGUCUACUUACAAAUCAUCUACGAGCGGGUGCUGGAGAUCCUUAGUUUCUCGCUUACGGUGGGGAUGUUGGCGCAUGUGCGGAUUUUGCACACCUUGUACUUGCUUGUCCAAGAGUUCACUCUGGAUAUCAAAGACUUCCUUGUAUCCAACGAGUUUGAUCGCGACAAUGAAGUCGUGGGAGUGGUGAAUCUGGGGUUCUACGAGAUUUUCAGCGAGUUCCUUGGUGACCAAUACUGGACUCGGGAGAAGCGGCUGUUGGUUGAAAUCAUUUAUUCAAACAUCCACCAGUUCACUACCGCGAAUGAAGAUGCCCUCAAACUGCGGCAAUUACAUGAUAAGAUCCGCGAACGCAUUGAACCCUUCAAGCAACAAGAUCAGAUCCAAACCGAAAACCGACGCUUGCAACAGUUCAAGAUCUAUGCCAAAAAGCAAGCAUCAAAAGUGACUGCAGCAAUGGGGUCGCUGUCUGACCAGCCUCACCUUGAACCGAAACCUAAUUUCGAUUCUCAGCUUGAGAUUCUGACGGUAGAGACAGUCCUCAAGAGUUCUAUCGAGCUGAUCGCUCGGAUGAUGGAAUUAGCGCCGACGAAACUGUCCGAGUACGCUAUGGAACUACUUGAAAUCGUUAUCUUCGAUUUCAGUACCUUAUACAUUUUCGGUGGACUUGAGGUUUCCUACGAUCGCCUUCUCGACAACCCGCAGCUGUGGGCGUGGAUGCCAUUAUUUGGUCAUGUCACUCUGAUGCUUUAUCUUGUGACCGCUGUCAUCAAGCAAAUCUUUAUUCCGUGUGCCCUCAACACUCCGGCUCUCAAGCAGCGGAUGUCUCUGCUUUCCAACAACUUCAUUAGCCAGUGUGAAAUCGGUCUCAAUGUUAUCUUGAAUGACACCAUUGAGAUCAUUGCCAAUAAGGUGACUACACUCUUGGCCAAGCAAAAGAAGAAGGAUUUCUUGACCGAUGCCAUCGAUGGUGAAGAGGACACCGAAGCUUGUGAAGCACUUCUGGAGUACUUGCAAGAAGUAUACUAUUACGUGCAGAAGCUGCUUAAUGGGGCAAACUUGAAGAAUGCACUUAUUCGCAUCGGGAUGAAUGUGUUGAACCAAUUAUUGGAACACUACAAAAAGUUCACCGUUGACUAUACCGGUGGUAUCGUUCUCACCAAGGAUGUUUUGCAUUACCAAAUGGUUAUUGACGAAUGGGGCAUCGAAGAGCUUUCGGAUCAAUUCCAAUUGCUCAAGGAAAUCGGCAAUUUGUUCACGGUGCUGUACGGUCUUAUCGACUCAUUGGUCACUGAAGGUAAGCUUGCUACGCUCAAAGCUUAUACCAUCAGACAGUACGUACAAAAGCGUGCUGACUUCCACCAGAAGCGUACCAUGGGUGAGAUGAUGGAACUGUUAUUGUUGAACUAG